AAGACUAAAAAGCAAGAGUCAACAAAAGGAGGCUCAUCCCUCCGUUUUCCAUAUCUCUACACUGUACAAAGCUUCCUCUCUUCCCUCAAAACAGAAAAUUUGUCUCGGUCUUAUUGCGUCAGCUCUUCGUUUUAGCCGAGGAAGCGUCCGAUUGUUUUAUCCGUGAAUCCGAAGGCCUUGCCGUACCUUCAAUUAGCUAUUUGAAGCCUCGAGUUGAAGUUAUCAGGAGGUGUUGGACUUUCAACUCCCUGUUGGGCUUUUUCUCCUUUGUCAAUUUGGUAAGCUGGGCAUCGAAGCAUUGGGUUGACUUUCAGGAUCACAAUCAAAAGAUUAGAGCAUUUGAUCACUUGAAGUCAAAAGAUUAAAGUACAGGCUUUGUAUUUUUAUCUUUCUUCCUAUCUGGGACUUCAAGGCUUUGGUGUAAUUGAUAUGGAAUCCUGGCUGAAUAUUUAGGUUCUGUGGGAUUCGGGUUUCUAUUAAUGUAUCUCCCUUUCUGGCUGUGCCUGGUGGUAACUAACAGAAUAUAGAGAUGCUUUCAUUAUCAUUUAGUUCUCGAAAAUGGAAAUCGAGUGCAUUAUCUUGUUGAGAAUGGAUAUAAUGGUGUUAAUUCUGUUGCUAUUGGUGCAACUGCCAAGACUGUUUGCCUCUGAAUUUGUCCAGUCAAAGGAUUGUGGUGCUGAUCGCUUAGCCCAUUCAUAUUCUAAUGGCUAUGAACUGUUUUACAUAAAUGGGGAUGCGGUUGACAAAGUUUUGUUUUGUGAGGCCCUCCACUAUUAUCAUGCAAAUGGUUGCAUAUUCAAGGAAUACCUUGGGAGUAAUCAUUGUGAAUUGGACCUUUCAUCAGCAUUGUCAGAAUUUGGAGCAAGAUUCGAAGGACCUUUAUCAAGUGUUAUUGUUUUCGCAGCUGAUUUGGUCUUUAAGAUGGGAAGAAAACUUUUGGAAAAGAAGGAAGAGAAACAUCCGAAAAUUGGCGAUCAUAUGAGUCCUCCUCAUCGGUCUCUGCCAACCCCAGCAAUAGCUGGCUUGGCAACAACUGGAGUUGUGGUUGGGUUUUGCAUUUUUCUCUGCGCCUGCUUUCAGAGGAAAAGGAAAGCAACUGCCCACACUGUUCUUGCCAAGGACCCAAACUCAACAGAUUCAAUUUCUUCUUCUGAUGUAAAUCCUGCUCCUGAAAAGAUUCCAGCCAGUCCAUAUCGGUUGCCAAUACCGCCUAGUCCUAGAUUCUCAUUUUCUCCAAAACUCACUAGACUGGGAUCAUUACAUCUCACAUUGAAUCAGGUUUCCAAAGCAACCAACAAUUUCUCACCCUCAUCACGAAUUGGUGAAGGAGGCUUUGGAACUGUCUAUAGGGCCCAGCUAGAAGGCGGCCAGGUGGUUGCUGUUAAACGAGCGAAGAAGGAACUCUUUGAGAAUCUGCAAAAUGAAUUCAGUAGUGAAGUUGAACUUCUUGCCAAAAUAGAUCAUCGGAAUCUGGUGAAAUUACUAGGUUAUAUUGAAACAGGAAAUGAGCGCCUUAUCAUCACAGAGUAUGUGCUAAACGGUACUCUAAGAGAACAUUUGGAUGGUCUGCGUGGAAGAAUCCUGGAUUUCAAUCAGCGACUUGAAAUUGCCAUCGAUGUUGCUCAUGGACUUACUUAUCUCCAUUUAUAUGGAGAGAAGCAAAUUAUCCAUCGAGACGUGAAAUCAUCCAAUAUUCUUCUCACUGAGAACAUGAGAGCCAAAGUGGCCGAUUUUGGAUUCGCAAGGCUUGGUCCAAUGGAGUCUGAUCAAACACAUAUUUCUACCAAAGUGAAGGGGACAGUUGGUUACCUAGAUCCUGAGUACAUGAAGACCUAUCAACUCACCCCUAAGAGUGAUGUUUACUCAUUUGGGGUUUUACUUAUAGAGAUUCUGACAGGCCACCGUCCUGUGGAUUUGAAGCGACCCGUUGAAGAGCGGGUGACACUUAGAUGGGCCUUUAAUAAGUACAGUGAAGGAAGAGUGUUGGAACUACUGGAUCCUAAGAUGGAAGAAGUCGUAGACGCAGAGAUACUUAACAAAAUAUUUUCUUUGGCAUUCCAGUCUGCAGCACCGAUUCGAACUGAUCGCCCGGACAUGAAAUCGGUGGGAGAGCAUUUGUGGGCAAUAAGGGCGGACUACCUCAAGAGUACAAGGAGAGGGCAUUGAUCGAAGCUUCUGAGAGUUGUGUUUUGUAAAUCAGUUGUGGAUUUUCUUCAGCUACCUCAUUUUCUUCCCGUGAAAAAAGUUUCUUUUUAAUGGCUCUUGCUUUUUUCUUGAUUCUUGAACAUAUGUUAGAAUGUGUUAUAUUUUACCUUGUCAUUGCAAAGUAGUGCCUUAUUUGUGAGGAGCAUUGAAAGGAAAUUGGAAGGACAUUUGUUUCUUCAACUUUCCUUUGCUGUCAUAAGAACCAAUAAUCAGUCUCAUGUGUAACACUUCGCAGGGAAAGCAGGCUAAAACAACAUAAUCGACAAGGUUAGGUAGCACUAUCAAGCAUCUUGUUAAUAUGGAGUUUUUGUGCUUUGUCGAUGGAGCAUGCAUCCUUCCUAGGAUAAUGCAAAGACCGAACUGCUCUAAAGCAACUUAUCCCAUUUUAUCUAUAUUAUAUACAUAAUUUUUUUUAAUA